AUGGCAAAAUGUAGUGCCCAGUGGUCACUACGGAUUAUAUUCGCAGUUACGGAGAAGGAAUCAGCAGUAUAUGAAUCAACAACAAUGGUCAAAACAACAGGAAGUACCGUGAAUAUCAUGAAAACACUUCUGAUCACUACAACUGCUAUACCUACAAUAACCACACCUACUUUCACUAAAAUUUUCAUACCUAUUACUAAGACCGUUACUGUACAGUCCUGUACCGUAACCGGUAUAGUUACUGCAACAGCUGCUAGACCUAAUACCGUAACUGUCACACCUAAUGCCGCAAUUGUCACAUGUAGUGCUAUAACAGUUGAACCAUCCACUACAGCUGCAAUAUUUCCAACUACCAUACCUAAUUCUACUACAUCUGCUACUGUAGCCAUGGCUGUUGAUGUACUUACUACUACAGCAGCUGCUACCUUCAUUACCAGAACUACUGCAGCUGCUAUACUUACCACAGCGAUUGCUACAAUUGCUACCAGAACUACCGCAGAUUCUAUGCUUAUUUGUUGUGAAGUACCUAUCGUUGAUACAGUUGCUAUACCUACCACCGUAGCCGCCAAACCUACUACCGCAGCUGCUGUACCUACCAGCGUAGCUAGCAAACCUAUUCCUGCAACUACUGCCAAACCAAUUCCCACAACUACCGCCAAACCAACUCUCGCAGCUACAGUACCUACCACCGUAGCUGCCAAACCUACUACCGUAGCUGCUGUACCUACCAGCGUAGCCAGCAAACCUAUUCCUGCAACUACUGCCAAACCAAUUCCCACAACUACCGCCAAACCAACUCUCGCAGCUACAGUACCUACCACCGUAGCUGCCAAACCUACUACCGUAGCUGCCAAACCUACUACCGUAGCUGCCGUACCUACCAGCGUAGCCAGCAAACCUAUUCCUGCAACUACUGCCAAACCAAUUCCCACAACUACCGCCAAACCAACUCUCGCAGCUACAGUACCUACCACCGUAGCUGCUAAACCUACUUCUGCAGCUGCUGUACCCCCCACCGUAACUGCUAAACCUGCCAAAUCUGCUACUACAGCUGCUGCAUCUAUCACUGCAGCUGCUAUACCUAUUACUGCUUCUACUUUACCCAUUGCCAAAACCUCAGCUCUCACUGUCAAAGCUGUUACCGUCGCUGUUACGGUUACUCGUCCUGCGGUACCACAAACAACGAUGGAAAUAUGCCGUGCUUGUGACAAUAUACUGGGAAUAGGUGCUGCACCUUUAAUUAAUGGUGAAAGAAACGGUCAAUUAGCUAUUGUUUAUGGUGUAGAUGUUCGAGGUUGUCGUACAGCUAACCUUGUUUGUGAUUCUAGUCCUUUGGUUAUGCAAACUGCAAUAAUCUAUGCAAAUGGAAUUAAAACUAAUCUACUGGCAAUGUCACCAACUGGAAUGGUUCAACUUACCUUAACCUGUGACGAUAAUAUACAUUGGAAAGUAUCCAAAUCAAUGGCAAAUGUUUGGAAUGUGACAUGUCUUCUUAGAGAUAUUCCAAUACCAACGACACCGUUACCACCAAUCACAACACCAAUACCAUGUAGCACAUGCUUAAAUAUCAGAGCUGAACGGGUGAAAAAUCCAUCAUUAACUGAAGGUGAUGGAAAACUUGUCAUUACAUAUAUGCAAAACCAACUUGGUUGCCGUGUGGCUCAAAUUCUCUGUAAUGCUAGUGUUGGACUUGCGGAAGCUAUAAUCUAUUUCAAUGGAAUGAAAAAUUUACCAAUCGUUUCAAAUGUAAAUGGUGCAGCAAUGAUUUUAUUGGUGUGCUCGGAUAAUUUACGUUUUAGAGCUGAAGGUUCACGUGUUAACGUUGAAAGUGUCACCUGUCUUUCACGAGAUAUUAUUCCAACAAUGCCUCCAAUAACUACGAAAUUACCAGUGACAGUACCUGUACUAACAACAACAGCGAAAGCGCCAUUACUUUGCGCAAAUUGCGAAAACAUUAAAACUAAGCCAAUAUUGGUGCUAAAACCAAAUGAAAUUAACGGUGCAUUGACAAUUGAAUAUUCAAGAGGACUUGAUGGCUGUCGUAGAGCAAAUAUUAUAUGUGGUGAUGUCAAGAAAGGAACUACUGCAAGGAUAUAUUUCAAUGAUGAAGUAAAUUUGCCAUUUAUAUCGGAUAUAACUGGUCAAGCAAAAUUGGAAUUGUUAUGUGGAAGUAAUUCUCGAUGGCGAGCAUUUGAGUCAAGAAUUAAUGUAGCAAGCGUUUCUUGUCUUGUAAUAGAUACGACUCCAGUUACGCCUAUACCAACUACACCGAAACCAAAACCGCCAAUUAUAGUAACAACAGCACCAAUUAUUCCAAUAGUAACAACACCAGGAUGUCAAGCUCAGUGGUCAGUAUGGGAAUCAUGGUCACUUUGUACAGACGUAUGUGGCGCAUACGGAAGUCGACAACGUUUUCGUGGUUGUCAACGAAGUACUGAGACUUGUUUUUGUCCCGGGAGUGUAAGUGAUACGGAAUUUUGCAAUCUACAACCAUGUUUAUAUCCACGUGCAGCAUGUCGACAAAAUUAUAUGGUCACUUCAGUAAAUCAGAAAUUUGUUUGUGUUCCAAUUCAAUGA